AUGGCAGGUAUCCUAGUUUGGUUUUGGAAUGAAAGGUUUUGGUUGCCACACAAUGUAACCUGGGCGGAUCUGAAGAAUACUGAGGAAGCUACUUUUCCUCAAGCAGAGGAUCUGUAUCUAGCCAUUCCCUUGGCGUUCUGCAUCUUUAUGAUCAGACUGUUCUUUGAAAGGUUUAUAGCUAAACCCUGUGCUUUGGCUCUGAAAAUUCAAGCCAGUGGACCACAGAAGGCCCAGCACAAUGCUAUUUUGGAAAAAGUGUUCACCGCCAUCACAAAGCACCCUGAUGAAAAAAGGCUGGAAGGGCUUUCCAAGCAGCUAGACUGGGAUGUGCGCAGUAUUCAACGCUGGUUUAGACAAAGAAGGAAUCAAGAAAAGCCGAGUACUCUUACACGGUUUUGCGAGAGCAUGUGGAAAUUUACAUUUAAUCUUUAUAUAUUUACGUAUGGAGUCCGGUUCCUUAAAAAGACACCAUGGCUGUGGAAUACAAGACAGUGUUGGUACAAUUACCCAUAUCAGCAGUUGACACCGGACCUGCAUUAUUUUUAUAUUGUUGAACUAUCGUUCUACUGGUCCCUAAUGUUUUCUCAAUUCAUCGACAUCAAAAGAAAGGACUUCGGCAUUAUGCUGCUUCAUCACCUUGCGACAAUUUGUUUGAUUACCUUUUCCUAUGUAAAUAAUAUGGUGCGGGUAGGUACGUUGGUGAUGUGUCUACAUGACAUGGCUGAUGUCCUACUAGAGGCAGCUAAAAUGGCCAAUUAUUCCAAGUGUCAAAAAUUAUGCGACCUUUUAUUUGUCAUGUUUGCUUUGGUCUUCAUUAUUGCAAGACUCGGAGUGUUUCCUUUAUGGAUACUAAACACAACAUUAUUUGAAAGCUGGGAAAUUGUUGGUCCUUAUCCAUCCUGGUGGGUCUUUAAUGUUCUGCUCCUUUUACUACAAUCGCUGCAUUUAUUUUGGUCUUAUCUAAUUAUCAAGAUAGCCUGCAAAGCAAUUUCCAAAGGCAAGACUGGAAAAUGGAAUCCUUUACAUGUUUCAAAGGAUGACAGAAGUGAUAUUGAAUCAAGUUCAGAUGAUGAAGAUUCAGUAUCUCGCAUAAAAAAACCACACAGUCCCACCACCAAUGGGAUCAACGGUGCAAAUGGAAUGAACGGAUAUCUUAUUGGAGCAGGAUGUUCCGAAGGACAUUAG